AUGUCGUUUGAUAUAAAUUGGGAUGGUCUUGCUAAUGAUUUAAAUAUAAAUGAAUCUAUUAGAGAUUUUUUAGAUUCACAAUUUCAAAAUAUUGAAUUACCUAGUUAUAUUACUAAUUUAAAAAUUACAGAAUUUAAUCUUGGUUCAAUACCUCCAGAAAUUACAAUACGACAUAUUGGAGAUGUAUUUGAAGAAUUUUAUGAAGAAAAUAAUCCGACUCAGCAAGAAUUGGUGAAAAAUCUAUCACAAUCAAAUAUUUCACCUCCUGCAUCACCAAAAGAAAACAAUUCAAAUUCGAAUUCGAAUUCGAAUUCGAAUUCAGGUUCCGAUUCCGAUUCCGAUUCAUCAGGUUCAGAAUCAGAAACUUCAUCGGUUGAUCCAAAAUUAAAUUUACAUCCACCUCCAUUAACUUCAUUUCAAUCACAAAGUAUCCUACAUCCAUUUAAUAUAAUUUCCACGACAACAGGAUCAGAAACACCAACUAAUAUAUUAAAUCAACAACUGAAAUUUAAUUCAACGAGAAUAAUACCAAGACAAAAACAAACAAAUAGAGAUGAAUCAGAUAUUCAGCUAAUUUUAGAAAUAAACUAUAAAGGAGAUUUAUAUAUUAAUAUCCUAGUGACAUUAUUGAUAAAUUAUCCUAGUCCAAAUUUUAUAAGUCUACCUAUCAAAUUACAUAUCACUGAUUUAGUAAUUCAUUCAAUUGCCACAAUUGCAUACUUAAAAAAUUGUAUUUAUUUGUCAUUUUUAUGUGAUAUUAAUGAAGAUACAGAUAGUGGAUCAGUUGGUUCUGGUGGUAAUUUUAUUGAUUAUUUUACAAUGUCGAGUAGUGGUGGAUCUGAAAAUAAAGAAAGAAUAGAUAUAAUUAAAAAAAUAAAGAUUGAGAGUGAAAUUGGUGAAGUUGAAGCUAAUGUUUUGAGAAAUGUAAGUAAGAUUGAAAAAUUUUUAAUGGAACAAUUGAGAAAUAUAUUGAGGGAUGAAAUUGCUUGGCCCAGUUGGAUAUGUAUAGAUUUAAAUGAAGAAGAGGAAGUAGAAGAAGAUGAUGAUGAUGAUGAGGAAAGUGAAGAUGUUAAUAAUGAACAAGUUGAUGGAAAUGUAGAUAAUGGAAAUUAG